UUUCAAUCAAACUGCAGGAAAACACUUGCUUCGCUUUUUGACCUUCUGUCAGAGGGACGUGAUGGGUGACGGCCAGUACGAUACUGAAUUUGACGGCGAUCAGCUCUUCUAUGUCGACCCUUUCACCUAUCGGGCAGUUCCACGUCUGCCAGAGUUUGCAAAGCAUUUGAUGUUUGAUCUGAAACUGGCCGGAGACACAUACGUGUCCCUGGGUACCUGCAAGUACAACAUCCCUCGAGCCAUAGCAGGAGAACAUCAUCCUCCAGAGGCCAUAGCCAUUCCCACCGCCAUGAUCUACCCCAAGCAGGCGAUGGAACUCCAUGUCCCGAACACCCUCAUCUGCUCCGUGAACGACCUCCAUCCACCCACAGUCGCCAUCACCUGGACCAGGAACGGGCAGCCGGUGGACGAGAGCGACGUCAGCCAGACUCAGUACUACUCCAACAGCGACCUAAGCUUCCGCAUCUCGUCCUACCUGGACUUCAGUCCGCAGGAGAGCGACAUCUACUCCUGCAGCGUGGACCACAUCAGCCUGCGGGAGCCUCUCACCAAGUUCUGGGAGGUUUCCGUACACACAGAUCAGCAGGUCGUAGAGACAGCAGUGUGUGUCGGGGGUGUGAUCCUGGGGCUGACUGGAGUUGUCACAGGACUCUGGUUCAUCAUGAAAGCCAACAAGUCCUCCCAGGUGUGACGCGCAUCAAUACAAACACCUGAGCAUCGAUGACAGAUGUGUGAUCGCUUUGGUCUUUUCUCCGUGUGUUUUUCCUCUGGGUGUGAGGUGGAGUAAGGUUUCCUUUUGUCCCAUCAUAAUUUUUCAUUAUUUUAUUUUACUUUACCUUUACAUACUGUACAUACAUACAAUGUUUAAUCUUAUAUCUUUGUCUGUUUUUUCCAUUUCUGCACUGAACCAGAGAUUAAAACACACCAGUUAAAGCAAUAUUUUGAUACGUUUUAUUUUUGCUUUUUUUAUUGCUUUCUGGCAGAGAUUCCCAUGAGAAAUCAGGAGAUGGUUAACGAUGUAUAAGAAGCUUGAAGGUCCCUCUAGGGUGGAUGAGAGGGGCGGUGGGUCGUUUUAAGUAACCACAGGCUGUCACCCAGGAGCCCGCACUUCUCUUCCCAUCUGAAUGUAGAACCAAACGAUGGUAUUUUUUGCUAAAUUUAACCAUGUGCUUUUGUUGACGUCACAACUUCAGUAGAGGCAUUUCCAAACGUAAACAGCAGAAACAGGAGGAUUAUG